CAAAUCAACACCGCGCGCAGGAAAGUAGGCAACAGUUUUUUGUUGCGCACCAUGGAAAUGGAUGUCAAUCGCCAGACACGGCACAAUGCCAACCUAAUGACCAUAUCCGCCCGCUGUUGUGCCAACAACAAUGCAACAACAGAAACAAUAGCAGCAGCAGCAGCAACAACAACAACAGCAACUUCGCCUGUAGCAAGCGGCUGCUGCGGCAUCUUGAGUCGCCUGUUCUGCGUUAGCCGUCACAAGGCAACGCAGUCGGUGGCAGGAACCGAGUGCAGCCACAGCGAGUCACUGUUCAUGCAACGUAAAGCACUGACAACACAGCCGGCAGUGCAACGACGUCGACGCACGCCACAGGAAAUCUACUUCGAGAGUCGCGGUAAAUCCUGCAAGAAGCUAUUGAAAUUCAAUGGUAAUUCCAAUAAGAUAUUGCUGUAUCCGGAGGAGGGCUGGGCGCGCACCGCCUCCUCCAGCUACUGGACCAUCACGCCCUGCUGGUGGCAGCCGAAUCGUUGUCGCAUUGUCGAAUGCGCUGGCACGCAACGGCAGGCGACCAAGGCCAGGAUGUUGCCCAUGGAGCAGCAGGGCUCGCUGCUGAUUGCCGGACACUUUCGCAGGCCGUCAAUAACAGCGACAGGCGGUGCUGCAACAGCGCCAACAACAGCAGCAACAACGGCUGCAACAACAACGGGUGGUGGAACAACAUCAGCAGGCGGGGCUGCUGCUGGCGCAAAUGGCAGGGCGCAGUCAAAGUCCAAAUCACAGCUGGCAUACAAUGAUGAGUUUAAACUGUAUCUGACAUCAAACAUAUCGAUGGAGGACUACAACAUGGGCUACUGUCUAACUGGCUUCGUCGAGCGUCGCUGCCAGCUGACAAACACCUUUCAAAUGACGCACUUCGCAGUUAUUAAGCGGCAAUGGCCGCCGCCGUCCAAUCUCAGCAGCAGCAGCACAUAG